CACGGCCAGGUGAAGAUUCCCGCCCCACCUCGCUAGGCCAGACAUGGAGCUCGAUUCACCUCCGCCACAACAGGCACCGCCGCUCGCCGACCUCGCCGCCGCCAUCCGCCUGGCUGCCGAGGCUGCGGCCGCGCUCUCCGCCCCAUCCUCCUCCUCUGCCGCAGCCGCUGCAGCGGCCACCCUCCGCGACGCCCACGCCGCCAUCGGAAGCUUCCUCUCCCGCCUCGACGCGCCCGCCGCUCUCCCAUCGGACAACGAUCAGCCUAUGGCGGAUAUCAGCGAGCCGGCCGGGCCCGUGAUUGGGGAGGUGGAGGACCGGCUCCGGGAGGUCGCCCUGCAGGGGAACAAGCGGCGGAAGCGGCCCGUCCCGCCGUCGUGGCCCCUCGGGCGCCGUUCCAGCGGCGCUUGCGUGGGACCGGAGGCCACCGAAUCGGUGCUGGACGUGGAAGGACGGCGUGGGGCUGCCAUGGAUCUCUUGCUGCAGUUCCAUGCGUAGGAUGAAAGGAUUCAUGAAUCAUGAGUACCAGGAACAAGGUGAUGACCGCUGGCUGCAGCACAUUUUGGCUUAUAUCAAGUCCUGUCGUCAUCUUUGUUCUUCAGCAGAUAUUCAUAGCCAGAGCACACUUCCACUCCGAGGCAGCUAGGAUGAACAGAGUGGUUUAAUAAAGAAAAAUAAUGAUACAACCAGAGUCUGAGACACUUCAGAUCAGAGUGAGAUGUUACAUUAGAAUGCUUGGGGCCUUCGGAAGUUCUAUUUCUGAACAAACGGGCUAAAGCUAAAUCAUCUGCCCCGUCCCCUUGUACUACUUCUUUUCCUCCUAUCGGACAUCAAACUGAUAAAUAGUCUUGCUCAACAUGUUUUGAUGUCCAGCA